GUGGCUGUACCUGGCCAAGCUGUCUUCCGUGGGGAGUAUUUCGGAGGAAGAGACCUGUGAAAAGCUGAAAGGGUUGAUCCAGCGCCAGGUGCAGAUGUGCAAGAGGAACCUGGAGGUGAUGGACUCGGUGCGCCGGGGCGCGCAGCUGGCCAUCGAGGAGUGCCAGUUCCAGUUCCGCAACCGGCGCUGGAACUGCUCCACGCUGGACGCCCUGCCCGUCUUCGGCAAGGUGGUCACGCAAGGGACGCGGGAAGCAGCUUUUGUGUAUGCCAUCUCCUCCGCAGGCGUGGCCUUCGCGGUGACUCGGGCUUGCAGCAGUGGAGAGCUGGACAAGUGCGGCUGUGACCGGACUGUGCAUGGCGGCAGUGCCCAGGGCUUCCAGUGGUCGGGCUGCUCUGAUAACAUUGCCUACGGAGUGGCCUUCUCGCAGUCCUUUGUCGACGUCAGGGAGAGGAGCAAAGGGGCCUCCUCCAACCGAGCUCUCAUGAACCUGCACAACAACGAGGCUGGGAGGAAGGCGAUCCUGAACAACAUGCGGGUGGAGUGCAAGUGUCACGGCGUCUCCGGCUCUUGCGAGUUCAAGACGUGCUGGAAAGCGAUGCCUCCCUUCCGCAAAGUGGGCAACGUGCUGAAGGAGAAAUUCGACGGGGCCACCGAAGUGGAGCAGAGCGAGAUCGGCUCCACCAAGGUCCUGGUCCCGAAGAACUCCCAGUUCAAACCGCACACUGACGAGGAUCUCGUUUACCUGGACUCCAGCCCCGACUUCUGUGACCACGACCUGAAGAACGGGGUCCUGGGCACCAGUGGCCGCCAGUGCAACAAGACUUCCAAGGCCAUUGACGGCUGCGAGCUGAUGUGCUGCGGCAGGGGCUUCCACACGGACGAGGUGGAGGUGGUGGAGAGGUGCAGCUGCAAGUUCCACUGGUGCUGCUUUGUGAAAUGCAAACAGUGCCACCGGGUGGUAGAAAUGCACACGUGCCGGUGACCCGCCCGGCCGCCCUCCGCCACUCGCCCGCUCUCCCCUGCCUGUUGCCUCCGGACUGGGAAAAGGGAUGCAGAGACUGCCAGGAGAGGGCUGCCGUUCAGAGAGACAGAGCGCAAGAGGAAAAACAGAUUUUUAAAGAAAAAAAUAUUUAAAGUUUCCAAAAAGU